AGAAAAAUAUCAUGUUAUGACAAUGCCAUCGAAAAUAUAAUUUGAAAAAAAAAAUGAUCAAAAUGAUAUGAAACACAAACUCUGAGUAAUUCAGAUAACAUCAUGCUUUUUAUUCAUUGGUGUUAACCGGCUGGUUGCGUGUGUUUGCAGUUGCCAUCGAAGUAUAGUAAUAUCCGAUGAUAUGAAAAUAAGUCUCUCUUAUAAUAAAACUGGUCAAAGGGACACACAGUUGUAGCCUUUCAACGGAAUUAUAAUUGAUGAUACUUAGAAGUAACGAGGUUUAGUAUAGUAAAGCAGUAAGCGUAAAAGAAAAUUCCAGAAGCCAUAUUCACACACAAACACGGAUAAAAAUAAUCAUGUCACUUGCUCUCAAUAGUGAUGUUUGUUAAAAGAAAAGUGUGGAAUACAACAAACAUCUGGACAAUAUCACAAUAGAUUAAAGUUUAUAUAAGAGAAUUAAGUAUAUGAUAAGUCAUUGGAUUUUUUUUUUCACAUAUGACAGUCAUGGGAAUGUUGAGAAUGAAUUAUCAAUACAUAACAUGGUCGUAAAAGGACACGACUAUUAGUGGUUUUGAAAAGCAGGCGAAAAUCAAUUUAUAUCACACUUACACAAUAUCGUCAAAAUAAUAUUAGACUGAUAUCCAAAAUUUUAUACCAAAAAAAAACUUCCAAUAAAAAAAAAAGAAAAUAUCUGAAGGGAUGCCUUGGUAUUUGAUAUAGAAAUAGCCUCGCGUUCUUAUCUAUGUUUAAAAAAUGUUGUCAAUUGAACCUUCUGCUAAGCACCACACAUAUUUUCAAAUUUAUAAAGUUUCAUUUAUUGCCAAUUUGGUUCAAAUCGUUAAUCUCGUACAGAGUAGUGUUAUAUUUCUUUCGACAGCGCUGGUUUUUUUACAUGACAGUAAUCGCACCUCUUAAAGUAUCCACCUCUAUUAUUACUGAACUAAUCGAUAUAACUCCAAGAAGAUACAGCUCAGUGACAAUCACACUAAGUCGUCGUAUAACUUUAUUCUCGAAAUAAAUCAAUUCCCCGUUUUCAUUUAACAAUCUGAAUUUUGAAGAGAUAUAAUUUCCUCACAAAGAGUUGCGGUAUUUCAAAGUGAAUUCUUAAGUAAUCUCACACCACCACCACAUUUUACAAUACCGUACCUUCGCAGCAAAGGUGUAAAGAUUUCAUAAAACUUCAAAAGUCGUAAUGUAGCCUUAACGACACAGCAGACACGCCAGCCGGCGAGGCGUAUUAUCAAACAGCCAUGCCCGUGGAUCCCAUGGACGAUAUCGAGCUUCGCUCCGUUCAAUUGCAGUACCCGAAUCAGCGCGGCUCCAUCGUGGGUCAAUGUGACCUGGGAAGGGUUCCGACCGAUAAAGGUGACAUUCUGGUCGCAGUGCAGGGCGAUACAACAAAACCGGCAAUCCUAACGUACCACGACCUGGGAUUGAACUAUGCAUCAAGCUUUGCUGGAUUCUUUAACUUCCCCACGAUGCGAGCCCUGUUGGACAACUUUUGCGUGUAUCACGUAAACGCUCCAGGCCAGGAGGAAGGUGCACCCACCUUUCCGGAAGACUAUGUUUACCCGACGUUUGAUGAACUUGCAGCGCAGCUGCUAUUUGUUAUGUCACAUUUCAACCUGAAAUCCAUCAUCGGUUUUGGGGUCGGCGCUGGAGCCAACAUUCUGGCCCGGUUCGCGCUGUCGAACCCCGAUAAGGUCGGUGCACUCUGCCUCAUCAACUGUAGCUCCACAGCGGCCGGAUGGAUCGAAUGGGGCUACCAGCUGCUGAAUUCGCGUAAUCUUCGCACCAAAGGCAUGACUCAGGGCGUACUGGACUAUCUGAUGUGGCACCACUUCGGGCGGAAUCCGGAGGAGCGAAAUCUGGAUCUUGUUCAGCUGUACAAAUCCAACUUCGAGCGGUCGAUAAAUCCCGUCAAUCUAGCCAUGCUCAUCGAUUCAUACAUCAAGCGAACCGAUCUGAACAUCGCCCGGACACCGUCGGGCUCACCUCAAACAGCUGCAUCGCUGAAAAUGCCAGUCCUUAACAUUACUGGCGCAUUAUCGCCUCAUAUUGACGAUACCGUGACAUUUAAUGGCAGACUGGUGCCGGAGAAGACUAAUUGGAUGAAGAUUUCCGACUGCGGUCUGGUUCUGGAAGAGCAACCUGGCAAACUGGCUGAAGCAUUCCGAUUGUUCCUGCAGGGUGAAGGCUACGCACCAACAUUUUCACCGCAUGCUAAAAACCAUUCUACAACAACAACAACAACAACUUCAACUAACUGCAACAACAACAACAACAACGUAAAACCUGUUCCGAACCCGUUCAACAUCCAAGAGUUCGACAAGCUGAACGGAAAUGCCGGUGCUAGUGGAGGAGGUGGUGCCAGCGGUGGAACGACGGGAACAACAGCCAUCGGUGAUAACAACAAUCUGCCGGUCAGUGCGACGACGGGUGCCGCGAUUCGGAUAACCGAGAAUCCACUGCCGGAGAAUGUGACAUGCUAGAAAAGACACAUAUCGAGACCGACGGGGGAGGCCGGCGAAACCGGAAUCAGUGCCGGAUCCGGUCGGUCGUCGCCACUGCCGGCGGGUAAGUACGGAGACGAAGUGUGGACAAACCGUCGCUAUAGGGUAGAGAAGGUGCUGUUGAAUGCUAUAUUUUCUAUACAGUUCUGAGGGGAUGGGGGGAAGAGGGGACAGACUAAAUAAGUAGAAGGUCCAGCGGUUGAUAAGAAAAUGGAAAGAUAGAGAGAGAAUGUGAGUGCAUGCAACGCUUCAUGAAGAUCGGGAAAUAGUUUUAGAAAAAUAUUCUUUGAGAAAAAGCUUACUGACACAAUGCUAUGUAACGUUUCAUAAGAUGACCACGCAUUUUUGGGUAGUCAAGCGAACAAUAAGUCCUUGAUUGGGUCCUAAAUGUCCAAUGACUGAACCAACUUUCUUCUAUGGCGAAGUAAACUGUUAUAAUAUUGAGGUUUGAGCUAACCAACACCAGAGUGCGCACUGUUUGAGUUUUUCUGGCAGUAACUUUUUUGCUCUACGCCAUUCCCGUUUCUCUUUCAUCGACCCCUCAAACAUUCUAUUUCGAAAAUUCAGUAUCAAAUCGGAUGAACGUUUCUAUUUAAAAAAUAUUUUAAAAAAGGCGAAGGUUCGCUUAGAUGCCAAAAUCGCUGUGGUCAUUGUCGUUGAAGUUGCUAGUUUUUCCCAAUAGACACAGAGUAAAAGCAAUGCGUUCCUAAGUGAAACGAUUACGCAAACGGCGAUCCAAAAGAUGUAAAUUACUGUAAAGUACAUAGUUGCGAAAUGGACCUAAACUUAGAAGAGAAUUUUAUGAUAAUGUAAAGCCUAACUGUACUAAACGGAACCCCCUUUAAGGACAGCACAUCACGGAUUGGCUAAACUGUUAAGCAAGAUGCAUAUCUUUAAAAUUAAACAAAACAAGAACAAAAAACAUCAAAAUUUGUUGAGAAAACGAGAUGCAAAACUCAAAAUCGACUACCAGUGUAAGGACGCUUCAAAUCAAUUUAAUGCAAAUUGCUUAAACGAAAACGGCACACAGAAAAGAAAUGGCACCUCCUCUCAAACUAAACAGGUACCGUUGCACUAGUGAACAGGUUCAGCUAAAAUAAUCAAUAGGAAAGGUAAAAAUAAGAAUAUUAGGAUUUCGUUCCAUAGCUGACGAAAGCACCAGUUUAUUUCGAACGCUACGCUAGAUCAAAAGCAAAUAACCAAAUAAAACACGAAGUUAGUGAAGCAAUUCCCGUUCAAUUAUUAUACCUAAACCCAAGUGUGUUUCAUGAUUUGCAAUAGGCCAUAAUCUGCGUACUUUUUUAUUGUGUCUGACUAAACUGCCAUUCUCGAGUAAAAAACCUAACUGACAAAAAUAAGUAUCACACCGUAUGAAACCGUUAUACACUCACAGAAAAAUUCUCAUUUGAUAGAGUUUCAGAGUAGAUUUUUUUGAUGCCAGUUAUAGAUUUUGAGUGCAACCUAAUUUAAGUGUGUUCGUUAAAAUGGCUUGGUAAAUGUAGGUUUCGCAAAAGAAAAAUAUGAAGCAACAAGUAAUUUGCAUUAAAAUCCACGAACUGACAUCUAUCGGACCAGAGCGAUGUCCGGUUAUAGAUAAUCCUUAUGUCGGGCUGGACUGAUAUCUGGAUGAUUGCAAUAACUGAUAAGAUUGUUGAUUAGUUAGUACUGAGUAAGUACAUUAAAUAGCAUAUGAGCAGUGAAGCCAUCGGCACUAGCGUAUAUCUUUACACUAACCGUUUUCAUGAAGGAUUACGUGAAUAAAAUGUUGACUAGGUCAAUAUGCUGCUGAUUUGUUUUUAGUUAGAAAUAUCAGAAAUUUAGCAUAUGCCUAAUUAAAUAGUAUUUUACAUGUAAUUUUCCCUUUUAAUCUAUGAAUAAUGGGUUUUAGUGUAUUUUGAUCGAUUCCUCUUUAAAUAAGUGCAGUUUCUCUAUACUUUCUUGAUGCAUAACACAAAAAUAACCGGAUAGCGAUCAUCGUACAUAUAACAAAACCAGCAAAAAUCAUUGUAGUGUUCAGAAUUUAUAUAACCCAUAUGAAGCUGAUGCGAGAAAACUACUAAUUGGACAGAUAUAAAUCAUACCAAGAAAAAAAACGCUACAUCGCUUAUUAAUCUUAAAUAACAUGUAGAAUUUGCAUGUUUAUAUAGAGAAAAACCAUAUUUAUAUGACGACAAAUUAUUCCUGCAAAACAUACAAAACAAUGUUGCAACCAGAGCAGUCAAGGAAGCUUUAUUAAAAGAAAUAAGUUGUAAAGCCGAGUAGCGCUGGUUAGUUUCACAACUGUUGAAACUGACCGUAGAAAAUUAUUACGCUUCUGGUAGGCCCUUGAAGUACUUUAGAAGUUUCAUCAGCAAAAAGUAAUUAUCGUAAAUAGUCGCAGGUUACCGAAGCAGCUACUAGCUAAUAGACGAAUACAAAAAAAGAACAGUUUUAGAGCCUGCUGUAGACAAAAGAACAAUUUCCCGUGAAUGUAUCCUUUCUUUUUCAAACUCGCAAAAGCUGGAUAGAAUAGUUUGCAGAAAUUUGCGUCCAACCGUUACAAUAUCUGCCCCUUUUUUGGCCCCAGGCUCUAUAAUUGUUAUCCGAUUUUUUCUUUCUUUCGUCUGGGAUUGCAAUAGCUGAACCGACCCUACCCAAACCCAAAGCGAUACAACAAAGUUCGAUUUUCACUUGAGUGCCUGACCAUUUGAAACUAUAUAUUUGAAAACUUGCGAAAUAAAAAAAGUUUAAAACAAAACGGCAAAAUAAACAGAAGAAAAAAAGCAUCGAAUCCAGUUGUACCGUUGCGUUUCAGAACUUUACAGUCCCCGAUUAGCUAUUUUCUAACUACGUUAAGAAGUGUGCAGCAGCCAUGUUCUUGUUUUUUCGCCGAAAAGUACUGUGUUUAAACCGCGAAGAGACAAAACAUAAAACCAAACAAUGGCAUGCACCGAACAUUAUAUGUUCUUUCUACGAUUUUGCAACCAAAACACUAAUGCGCAAGUAUAAUUGUAAAGAACACUGCAGAGCAACUAUUGUGUACCACAGUAAAUCGAGAGAAAUAAAGAUGAAAAAAAAAAACAGGCGAAUUUGCAAGCCCAAGCUGUAAGCAAUAGGUACGCAGCAAACGCAAAAGCGACAGAAAAAUUAAACAGAAAUGAAAUCUGGGCGUAAGGAAUAAUAAACAGUUCACUGCUAAUGCUAGUACAGCAAACGAAUUGUUUGAUUUUUGUACUUUUAAUUCUGUUACCGAAAAAUCAAUACAAUGAACUAUGAAAAUAAUAAAAAGAAAACUCCUA